CGGGGCCUCCGCCGAGCGCGGCCAUGGAGCGCGGCCGGCGCGGGGGCCGGCGCGGGACUCGCAGCCUCGAGACUUUCGCGGCGGAAGCGGAGGCCGCGCUGAAAGCUUGCCUGGAGGGCGAGAGGGCCGCGGAUGGGGGCGCUCGGGAGGCCAAGUUCCCCUGCCCCCUUGCCAUGUGGGAGCUCGGACACUGUGAUCCCAAGAAAUGCACGGGGAGAAAACUAGCCCGGAAAGGUUUGCUGCGAACCCUGCGCCUCCGCCAGAGAUUCCCGGGCGUCGUCCUGAGUCCGCUGGCCACGGAGUACGUCUCUCCCGCUGACAGGGGUGUCAUUGCUCACAGUGGAAUUGCAGUCAUAGAUUGCUCAUGGGCCAAAUUAGAAGAAACUCCCUUUAAGAGAAUGAGGGGGAGUCAUCUGCGGUUGCUGCCUUACUUGGUGGCUGCAAAUCCUGUAAACUAUGGUCGGCCAUGCAAGCUGUCCUGCGUGGAAGCUUUUGCUGCAGCGUUUUGCAUUGUUGGAUUCCCAGAUCUAGCCACCAUUCUUCUAAGGAAAUUUAAAUGGGGUAAGGCAUUUAUUGACCUGAACAAAAAUCUCUUGGAAAAAUACGCAGCCUGUCAUUGCCAGGACGACGUGCAAAGCAUUGAGAAGGACUUUUUAGCCUGUGUCCCAGAAAAAAAAGACGAAGAAGUAGAUCCAUUUGAUGUUGACUUAGAAAAAGAAUUUUCUAAUCCCAACAGGCCAGUCAAUUCUUCAGGUCUAGCACAAAGGAAGGAAGACUCUGAGGAGGACAGCGUGAGCAGUCCAGAUGAUGCCACUGAAAGCAGUGAAAGCACUGAUGAGAGCAGUCCAGAAGAAAUAAAAAUCCCAAAUAAUCCCGAAGAGUCAUAACAUCUUCUAUAAAGAAAUUUUCUUGAGAAUACUUGAGUGUCUUAUUGACCUUGUAACUUGGUGCUUAACAAACCUUAGUCUCUGUUCAGGUCUUUUAAUGCAUGAAGGCUCUAGGUAUUUAAUUUUUAGGUAAGUAUGGAAUGUUGAAUUAUUUUGAAAGAGGUUGAAGCUUAGCUACAAGUUAAAAAAUAACCCUGUCUUCUAACCAACGUAUCUGGAAAGUGGUUUAUAGGGGAUUAUUUUUAACUAAUAGUGUAUCAGGUAAACUUUCUUCUGGUCUGUAUUUCAGCAGGAAAACGUGACUUAGCUAUUGCACUGUUCAUGGUACCUACCACACAAGGGGUCUUGACUUUUUGCAGGCUUGACCCUGCCAUAUGUAUUCCAACUACUUCAUCUACUUAGAAUAAACUGAGCUAAGCUUGAAA